AUGGAGAUGGGGAAUUACUCAGCCGUGACAGAAUUCUUUCUCGUAGGACUUUCCCAAUACCCAGAGCUCCAGUUCUGUCUGUUCGUGCUCUGCCUCAUCAUGUACAUGAUAAGCCUCCUGGGAAACAGCCUCCUCAUUAUCAUCAGCAUACUGGAUUCUCGCCUCCACACCCCCAUGUACUUCUUCCUUGGGAAUCUCUCAUUCUUGGACAUCUGUUACACAUCAUCAUCCAUUCCUCCAAUGCUCAUCAUAUUCAGGUUUGGGAGAAAAUCCAUCUCUUUCAUUGGCUGUGCUCUGCAGAUGGUUGUCUCCCUUGGGUUGGGCUCCACUGAGUGUGUCCUCCUGGCUGUGAUGGCCUAUGAUCGGCAUGUGGCCAUCUGCAACCCCCUGAGGUACCCCAUCAUCAUGAACCGGGUGCUGUAUGUGCACAUGGCUGCAUGGUCCUGGAUCAUAGGCUGUCUGACUUCUCUAUUACAAACGGUCAUGACAAUGAUAUUACCUUUCUGUGGUAAUAACGUCAUUAACCAUUUUACCUGUGAGAUCCUGGCCCUUCUUAAACUCAUCUGCUCAGAUAUUGCCAUCAAUGUGAUUAUCAUGGCAGUGACAAAUAUUGUUAUAUUGAUGAUUCCUCUACUAUUAAUUUUCAUCUCCUAUGUUUUCAUCCUCUCUUCCAUCCUGAAAAUUAAUUCUGCUGAAGGGAGAAAAAAAGCUUUUUCUACCUGUUCGGCCCACCUGACUGUGGUCAUCUUAUUCUAUGGUUCAGCCCUUUUUAUGUACAUGAAGCCCAAGUCAAAGGACACAAACACUUCUGAUGAGAUCGUUGGGCUGUCUUAUGGAGUGGUAACCCCAAUGUUGAACCCCAUCAUCUACAGCCUGAGGAAUAAGGAGGUGAAAGAAGCUGUGAAGAAAGUCCUGAGCCGACACCUGCGUUUAUUGAAAACAUGA